GAGUUUUCACCGGAGGGGCUGGAUGGCUCCUCGGUAGCCGGAGUCCUCCACACCUCCCUCUCCCUCCCUCUUUCUCUCUCUCUCUGUUCGUCUCUCUCUUAAGUUGAUAAAUUGAAUUUGCCGGGAGAGACCGAGGAAGAUGGCGGCCACUGACCGUUCCCGGUCCGAAGCUGCUAAGCAGCGGCGGCAGGACCAGCUGGCGCGGUGGCAGGGCUCGGAGACGGACCUGACCGGCGCCCAGGUGCGGGGCCACUCUGGCUCCAGCGGCUCGGUCUCGAGCUCCGGCCGGCGGCCCAAAGUGCGCUUCGCCCAGGGCGCCGUGUUCAUGGCCGCCUGCUCAGCCGGAGACCGGGAGGAGGUGGCGGAGCUGCUGAGGCAGGGAGCUGACAUCAACCACGCCAACGUAGACGGACUUACAGCCCUCCAUCAGGCCUGUAUUGAUGAGAACGCUGAGAUGGUGCAGUUUCUUGUGGAGAGUGGCAGUGAUGUGAACAGAGGGGACAAUGAGGGCUGGACACCCCUCCAUGCAGCUGCUUCCUGUGGCUUCAUCCAGAUUGCUAAGUACUUGAUAGAACAUGGUGCUCAGGUCGGGGCGGUGAACAGUGAGGGAGAACUUCCUCUGGAUGUGGCUACGGAGGACGUCAUGGAGAGACUGCUGAAGGCAGAGAUCAAAAAACAGGGUGUGGAUGUGGAUCGGGCGAGAAAGGAGGAGGAGAGGGUGAUGAUGCAGGACGCCACAUCUGUACUGUCUGGAAGCGGCUCUCUGGCCCCUCACCCCAACACUCAGGCCACUGCACUGCAUGUAUCUGCUGCUAAAGGCUACAUUGAAGUGCUCAAAGUGCUGCUGCAGUGUGGGCUGGAUGUGGACAGCAGGGACAGUGAUGGUUGGACCCCUCUGCAUGCGGCUGCUCACUGGGGGCAGGAAGAGGCCUGCUCUCUUCUUUCAGAGCACAUGUGUGACAUGAACGCUGUUAAUAACGUGGGUCAAACCGCCUUUGAUGUAGCUGACGAGAAUCUUGUUGAUACUUUGGAGGAGCUGCAGAAAAAGCAAAAUGCAAUGCGUACAGAGAAGCAGAAGAUUCAGCCUCCUGUCAUUGAGACCAGCCCACCCAUCUCUAUGGCACCAGUUCGUCCUCGCAGGACGUCCAUCUCUCGUAUGAGCAGCAAAGAGAAAAUCACGCUUCAUGAGAGGGAGAAGCACCCGCCACCUGCCCUCCAAACCCCGCCCACGGAGGAGGAAGAGGAGGAGUCACAGAAUCGCACAGCUGCCCAACCUAAAGCAUCCAGCAGCUCCAAUUCAGAGGAGGAGAGCGAAUCAGAAAGUGACACUGAGUCAGAAAAAGCAAAAACUAGGGAGCUGAUUAACAACAAGCGCAACAGUGCCACUCCUGCGACAACCACCACUACAGCAGGAAGCACUACAGCAAACCAGGUUAAAAAGUCAGAGCCAGCACGGCCUGCGGUGACUGAGGCGCCAGGCUCGUGGAGGACAUCUCUGCGUAAGGCGGGCAGCUCAGUGACACUGGGCCCCUCAGGGGCCUCUGAUGCAGCCGGUGAAACACUCCGGAGCACUGAGAGCACAGCAGGCAUGACUCGCUCGGCCUCUAGUCCCAGACUUAGCUCAGAUGCUGACACCAAGGAACCCAGGUUAGCCCGAGUGCAGCCCACUCCGUCCAGACGCUUGUUCAGCAUUGCAGACACCAACACCAGUACCAGCACCACUCCGAGCCCUCCCACUGACAAUACCAGCAGCUGGUUGAGCCGGAGCUCCUCGUACACUCGCAGGUUAAACAGCCAGUCAGGCAGUGAUGUGACCAGCCAGAACCCCUCUUUACCUCGUAGCUCCUCUUACGGACGGAAACUCGAUGACCCCUCAGUGACCUCGGUCACCUCACAGGGGACCUCUGGACUCAGCCGCCUCAACUUUUCUCAGAGACUAGCUCAGGAACAGUCGGAGAAGAAGGAACCUGUCUCCACGACAACAACAACUACGACAACAGGCGAGCAGGAGACUAAGCAGAGGCGCAAGUCAUACCUGACUCCAGUGCGUGAUGAAGAGGCUGAAGCUCAGAGGAAGGCUCGCUCCAGACAUGCACGUCAGUCUAGACGCUCCACUCAGGGUGUUACACUUACCGAUCUCCAGGAAGCAGAGAAGACAAUAAAGACGGAAAGCAAGGGGAACGAGAGGAAGAAAGAGGAGGAGGAAAAAGAAACGAAGCAGAAGAAGGGAGAGGAAGGGGAGGUGAGCUGGAGAUCUCGCAUUGCGAACCUGCAGAAGUCUGAUCUGCUGGGACUCACACACCCCCCUGGCGCCCCUCGCCCUGCUGACAGAAGAGGUGCAGAGGACAGUAUUGAUUUUGAAGAGCGAGCGAUGGAGAGGAGGAGAGCGAGAGCACGGAGGAGAGAAAGAUUAGGAGAGUUGGGAGAUAAUGAGCCCAGCGCAGAAGAGAGAAGUGGUGGGCAGGUCCCACAGACAGACAGGUAUACAAGCAUCAGGUCUAAUCUAGCUUUGAAUGACUGUGUCAUGGCAGGAGGCUCAGGCGUUAAGGAUUAUAAAAAGUUGUUUGAGGAUCUGUCUAGAGAGAACAGUCAGCUGCAGUCACAACUACAAGAAACACAGAGGACUGUCUCCGUGACCAGAAUUGAGCUGGAGAAAGCAACACAAAGGCAGGAGCGGUUCAGUGACUGCACUGCUCUUUUGGAGCUGGAGAAAAAGGAGAGAGUGGUGUUGGAGAGACGUGCAGCAGAGUUAGAGGAGGAGCUGAAGGUUUUGGGGGAUUUAAAAGCGGACAACCAGAGGCUGAAGGAUGAGAAUGGAGCGCUUAUUCGAGUGAUCAGUAAACUCUCUAAAUAGAGGACACGCAAGAGAGAGAGAAAGAAAGAAUGAGUGAACGAAGGAGAGGGGGGACAGGAAAAUAGAAUGAGGGACAAUCCACUCCUCCCCCACUUCACAUCCCAGUGUGCCAAAGAAGAAGAGGAGCGAGCGAGUGAGAGAGAGAGAGAGAGAAAAGAGAAGGAAAGGGAAUGUCACUUUCUUAUGUGCACCAUUUAGUUGAACUGCAGUUUGAUCCUGAUUCACACCUGUCUGCUUCUGAAGCCUGGAGAUUCAACUCUCCUGUGUGUGUGUGUGUGAGUGCACGUGUUUGGUGUGUAAGUUUGUGUGUGUGGAAGGGAGGGUGGAUGGGUAUGUGUGUGAAGCUACCCCUCAAAUUACACACAUUCAUUAGCAGGAACUCUGUUUAUCAUAAUCAUCAGGAGGCUGAUGGGCAGAAGAGAUAUGUGCGCUCUCACACAGAUACACAGAGAAACACGCACAGAUACACACACACACACACACAGCCAGGGAACAUCACCGCUAAAGAGAAAGAAGGCCUGCGCAAUCUUCUUAGACACCCACACACAACGUGCACAACAUUCACACAAGUGUGCCACACACGCGUCAUCACACAACAUUCCACCGUUCUUCGGCAGCUUAAGUCUGCAGUAAUUUUGCACCUUACAUUACACUCCUCACGCAUGCACGUUGCACACUCACUCACUCACACACACACACACACACACACACACACACACACGCUGAUAUAGCCAUAUGAAGUCUUCUCUUAACCUGAGUUGCCAACUCUGGGACCACUUUGUUGCACCUAUCCAAUACUGCCUCGGCUAAAAGCGCACGGCCACGGCAACGCUCCACCACAAUCAAUGGUAUUGAAUCAAUGCAGCUCAUACACACUACACACUACACGCAGGGUCAGUGACAUCAGUGCAAGCUCAUGCACAGCUGGCACUCUACUGUUGUGCACAGGCCCGUCAUGCUAUGCAUCAUGUUUUUCAUACACUUUAUUAAUAGAAAGUUGAAGAAUCGGAUGCUAUUUUUCAUGUGUUUAUUUUUUUUUCUUCGUUGUUUGUGUCGAAUCCUCACCCCUGUUGUUUGGAGGCGAGGAGGGUAACUGUUUAUUAUAUAAAUGGACAAAUAUUAUUCCCUUUGAAAUAAUAAUGCCAUAAAAUGUAAUGUGAUAUUGAUACCCCCCUUUCACAUGUUGUUUUUUAAUAUAUAUAAAACGAAUGUCAGCACUUAAUAAAAGGUUGUGUAGUGUU